UGAAUUUUGUUGUAAUAAACCCUUUGUACCAUGAUCAUGAUAAUCAUAACGUACAACGUGUGUACAAGAAAUGGUAAAAAAAAGCAUCAAGAACCUGAGAAUGGUCAUCAGAACAGCAAUAAAAUUUAUACCUAUAGCUUUUUAUAAAAAUAUUAAAAAUGUAUUUACUUUAUCAUAAUAAAAUUCAUAUCUUUUCUAUUACAACUGAGAAAAAUAGGAAUCUAUAUUAUUAUUAUAUAAAAAGUCUAGACUUGUUGUUGAUAUUUUAUAAUAUUUCUGGUACAAUUGUAAAUAAAAAACUGGAGUAAAUCAUGGGGUCACAUGUUCAAUCAUUACAAGCUGAACAACAACAAGGGGAAGGCAAAGACGGUUUUGGUCUUGGCUUAAGUGAUUCUAUUGGAACAAUUGGUGAAGGAAUGGGAUGGCUUUUGAAUGCUCAUGCAGGUGCAAUAGGUGCUUUUCCUCAUGUAUUAGAUGGUCUUGUAAGUGGUAAUAAUUUAGCAACCAUAUUUGGUAAAUCAGCUAAUCCAUUUGGUGUAAAAAUUUUUGACGGGUUGCUUUCAGGAGGGGAAGAAGGAGAUGGAGCUGCACAACAAGGUGAAGCGCUUGCUGAUCCAAAUGAUUUUCCACAUUUGAAUGAGGGUGAGGGUAUGAGUAAUGCUCUCAAUGGCUUCGAUGGUGUGCAUGAUGCAGGAGCGCAUCAUGGCCAACACACUUCCCCAAGUCCAUCACCAGCUGUUGGUGGUGAUCGUAGUCAUGGUUUUAGUUAUGAUGAUUAGUUCUGCUUUUUCUGCAAACAAUGCUAUCAUUUUUGUAAAUUUUUAGCUAUAAAAACAGCUGUAGCAGGUUUAUACUAUUAAGUAUGCCCAAAUAU